CCAACCGCCAUCCGAACGAUUUUUUGACACUGACAACAAUGAUUGAAUGAAUUGAAAACAUUUUUGAAGGAGAAAUUGAUUGUUUUUUAUAAAGGCAAAGAGGCAUCAACGGCGUCAGUAUCAUGGACGAUUCAAGAACUGUGUGGUGUGGAAACUUAUCGGACAAAGUAACAGAAGAGUUACUCUAUGAACUGUUUCUUCAAGCGGCCCCAUUGGAAAGAGUCAAAAUACCGAGCGACAAAGAGGGUAGAAGAUUAAAUUACGGAUUCGUCACCAUGAAACACGAAUGCUCCGUUCCCUAUGCAGCUCAACUCCUCAACGGAACACCCUUGUUUGAUAAAGUCAUGCAUGUAAGACCGAGAAACCCCAAUAAUCAGAAUCACGCUCAAAAUCAGAAUCAGAAUCAGAAUCAGAAUCAGAAUCAGAUUCCGAAUCACAAUGAACCGCAACGAAGAAGUCCCCAAAACUACUCUCAUAGAGAAAUUUCCAAUGAUUCCUAUCAGUCAAACAGACAUGGUGAUUAUGACAGGCCAAAUGACUACAGACAUGACUAUAGACACAAGAAUUUCUCUCCAAUCAGACACGAUAAUUACAACAGGCACAGGGAAUCCAGACAUAGAGAUUAUAGGAAGGGUAGGAAUAAUCAAAAUUGGCAUGAGGGACACAAACGAUAUUAAUUGUUGUAUUAUAUUUAUACUAUGUUAUUUUGUAAAAAAAAAUAUUAAUAAAUUCGUACUAUUUCAUCUGGA